UGCUCAAAUCGAGGUGGACGUUCCUGAGCGGCUGAGCCCCUGAUGCAGAGAGCUCCACGCCUCCAGAUGUCACCGCCCACGGGCGGAGCAUCGCGACUACCGAGGAGGAGAAAGCUGCUCACUCUCACCUGCAAUGGCGUCCUUUCCACCAGCCAAAAACACUCGCCAUUGCCCCCAAGUCCCCCAACCCACAAGAACCCGCACCUCGCCUGACGCCUCACUCAUCCAAUCCCAAUCCCACUCCCACCCGCAAAACCGCACCCCCUGAGCCCAGUUCGGUACUUCGGUCGCCGCCGUCGCCACCCUCUCGAGGCCUCGAACUCAGCCGCGGUGAAACGCGGUGCGCUGAGAGCAGGCUAUGGAUAAUAGAAGGCAUCGAAGUUAUUCACCACCUCCCCAUGGAUCUGGUUCCGGAAAGAAACAGAAGUGUUCAGGCGGCAAAGGGUUCUGGAUUAGUCGUUGUAACCCUUCAAAUCUUAUACAAACUGCAAAGAAUUUUACUCUGGAGCAAUGUGAUCUUAUUAGAAGGAAUGGUUUUGGUGGUCUGCUAAACUUGAAAUGUCGAAAGAACCCACCUCAUCUUCUUUAUCACUGGCUUGCAAAACACUUUAAUUGCGCAACUUCCGAGCUAGUGUUCAGCAAUGGCACUGUCAUUCCUGUUACAGCCAAGAGCGUCCAACUCAUUCUAGGCAUUCCUUAUGGGAACAGGAAGGUUAAGUAUGAAAUGGAUGCGCAAAGUACUGCCUUGAUGAAACAGGACUAUUAUUCUGAUGGUCUACCAGCUAGAAUUACAAGUAUUGGUGAGCAACUUUCCGAAAUGAGGAAGGCGGAUGAUCGUUUCUUAAGGACAUUUCUUUUACUUGCUAUGUCAUGUUUCCUUUGCCCCACAACCAGUUGUCGCAUCAGUCCACGUUGUUUUCCUUCCUUGGUUGAUAUAAGUUCAGUGGCACAGCUUGAUUGGUGUGAUUUUGUGUUAAAGCAACUUGUUUCUUCGAUCAAGAGAUACAAACACAGAUUAACUAUUUGUGGAUGCAUGUUUUUUCUUGCUGUUCAUUAUCUUGAUCAUCUUGAUACUGGAUCCUAUCGUGUCCCAUCUUCUAUUCCUAGGACUAGAGUGUGGACUACUAAGGUUAUCGAAAAAGUUGUGAACAUGGACACGAUAUCUCAAGAUGAUGGUGUCUAUGGCAACCUUCCAGUAAAAGCUAUUGCCAACAGCCACUGGAUAAACUCUGGACUCAAAAUUCCUCCAGUCAUAGGAGGAGGACUAACUGUUGAGCAAUUUGUAUCUUCUCAUCUGGCAGCUGAUUGUGCUCCUUCUGUCAAGGAUGAAUUGUGUCGAGUGGUUAAUAACUUCUGUACCAAUGCUAACUCUCUUUUAUCUAUGUUUGUCGGUUCUUUUCUUAAAGAUUUGUCUGGUUUGAUCCCUUCCUUGUCAAAUACUAUCCCCGAGGCUCCUCAAAAGCCUAGUUGUGCGAGUUCUAAGGCUAAUCACAGUGAUUUAGAAGAAUGUUCGGAUGAGUACCAUACUGAAGACGAAACUUCUGUAGAUGAUAUUGUUUCUGAUGAUGCUAGUGAAGACAAAUCAGACGAUGAGAAUACUAGCUCGGACUCCUAUUCUGAUGAUGAUAGCAGUCAUGAUGAUGCUAGUGAAGAAUCAGAUGACCAACAUGCUAGCAUAGAUGCAUCUGGAAACAAACUUGCUCACGAGCAGGAUGGCAAUGACCAUAAUGACAUUUGUAAGAAGGAAGUGCCAGGGGAGCUUUUUCAAGAAAUUUCAGUUCCUCCUGGAUAUCCUGACAUCGCAGGACUAAAACAGGAACCUGGAUCACCUGCCAGUGAUAGGAGUUUGCAUCAGCACAUUGCGAAUGAGAAUCCCAUCCCUGUGCCUUCUGGGAAUGUCCAGCAAGAACAAGAAGAAUGGCAUGUUAGACGUGAAUAGAAGCAUAAAGAGGGUAGCACGAGCACUGGUUGUAAGAAGCUUCCACAAGAGAAGCUCAACAAGGUCUGCGAUUACAUGGCUCUCCGACCGUGACGCCAGUCUGAAUCUACAGUAAGAACACUUAAGAAGGCUAAGCAUGCUAGAAAAGGACUUGGCCUGAAGCCGUGUCAUGAUGCCAUCAGCCCAUCAUCUGUUAUCUAAGUAUGUGAAUGGCAAUGCAAGUACUGCACUAUGGACAUCUAGUAAUGUAUUGUCCCGGGUUUUCAUUUUGAUGAUGAUAUAUAUGACGAUCAGAUGAUGCGUCCUCUUAAUCCUCAUUGGCAAGAAUCUAACUUCCUUGUUUAGAUAGUGUAUGAAUAGGCCCGACUAAAUCCUUGUACGAAGCCGAGCUAGGGAUAAGAGAUACGGUUGGUUGGCUGAAUGGAAGGAAUGCUAUUCUAAA